UGUCAAGGUCGACCACGUGACACCAUUAACUCCUUCCAUUUGUUGGGUGGACGGUGUUGAUUCCGCGUGUUUAUCUUCCUUAUUCCUCGUCUUCCUUUUCCUAAUCAUGUCUGUCGAUAAUUUAAGUUUAGUUCUUCAUAAAAAAGGUGACUUAAGACUGGAAAACACCAAAAUAAAAAACCCUGGUAAAAAUGAGGUUCAAAUUGCCAUACAUUCUGUUGGAAUCUGUGGUUCUGAUGUUCACUAUUGGCAAAAUGGUAAAAUUGGAGACUUCAUAGUCAAUUCCCCCAUGAUUCUGGGCCAUGAGAGCAGUGGAACUGUAGUUAAAGUUGGAGAAGGAGUGACACAUUUGAAAUUAGGCGAUAGGGUGGCUAUCGAACCUGGAGUUCCCUGUCGUCAUUGUGAAUUCUGCAAGACCGGACGGUAUAAUUUGUGCCGCGAUGUCGUGUUCUGUGCGACACCGCCCAUCGAUGGCACCCUCACUCGGUACUACGUUCACGCUGCGGAUUUCUGUUUCGAACUGCCUGAUCAUGUGAGCUUAGAAGAAGGAGCACUUUUAGAACCUCUCUCUGUGGCUGUUCAAGCAUGCAGGAGGGCUAAUGUUAGCAUUGGGAAAAGAGUACUUAUUUUUGGAGCAGGUCCCAUUGGACUUCUAAAUCUUCUGACUGCAAAAGCAAUGGGUGCUUCUGAGACUUGCAUUGUUGAUGUUGUUGAUAGUAGAUUAAAAUUUGCAAAGGAGUUAGGCGCUACCUAUACAGUAUUAUCUGAUACAAAAGACGGAAUUACUUUAGCAGAAAAAGUAAAAACUACAAUGAAUGCAGAACCGGAUAUAUCGAUAGACUGUUGUGGAGUGGAACUAGCAAUAUCGACCUCUAUCUAUGCUACAAAAUCUGGCGGUAUUAUUCUGUUAGUUGGGAUGGGACCUGAUAAAGUAACUGUUCCUCUUGUAAAUGCAGCAAUUAGAGAGAUCGAUAUUAGAGGAAUAUUCCGUUACGCUAAUUGUUAUCCCACUGCACUCCAGUUAGUCGCAACUGGAGCUGUCAACUUGAAACCGUUAGUAACCCACCGAUUUAAAUUGGAAGAGAGUUUGAAAGCCUUUGAAACUGCAAGAAAUUCUGCUAGUGGGGCCAUUAAAGUUGUUAUACAGUGUCAAAAAGAAUAAAACUUAUACAUAUAACAGUAUUUUUUUAAGGAUAUAUUGUGAAAAAAAAUAUAAAUUUUUAACAAAUUGGGGAAAGAAAGAAUUUUAUUAUUAUAUAAAAGUUGGA